AAACUACAAACACGCCUCGCAUCGGAUGAAGACUUGAAAUUUACCGAUACUCUGCGCUACUAUGCUAGUGACGCUGAAGCGGCGAAAGAUCUUUUGUACAGACGUAGCCAAGCACUGGCCACCUAUGAGUCAGCCAACCGGGCUUUGGAUAAGGCUCGUGCCAAGAUGAAGGAUGUCCAAGUUGCAGAAGACGCGCAAUUCGCUGCCAAUGAUCGGUUCAAGAUCAUCUCUCAGUCUGCCAGAUCAGAAUUAGAAGACUUCAAAGUUCGUAGGAUCAAGUAUUUCCACAAGAAUUUGGUCGAACUGGCUGAGUUGGAGGUGAAACACGCCAAG